AUGACCCCCCAGGAGCAACGUAUGGACACUCUGCAACAGGAUCUUUGCCGCGUGAUUGUAGACCUGCUCGCGGGAAUCCUGGGGGAUCAUUCAUUCGGGAACCUAGUGAAACCGGUGCUUCGAUUUGAAACUCUUAUCCAGGACGGCGAGCAGGGAAUGCCGCGUCAAACAUCCUGCACACCCAUGAUUUCGGUAUGUUGCAUAUCCAUUCUAAUCAACGAGGGCUGGAGCCCCUACUUAUCUAGCAUAAUUUCACAAAGCGAAAAUAACAGGCUGAGUUCAAACAUCGUCAUCAUCCCGCAGCAGUCCUCCAUUGACAGAUUUGUCGUCAACAUCUGGGAGCGGAUUCACGGCUGUAUGAGCUUCGAUUCCCAAAAUUUACUUGAACAGUGGCAGCUCGUGGCAACGGCGGCAAAGGCGGGAACGGGAAGCAGUAAUGAUGCUUUCAAGAUUUACUUUCCUGAGCAGCUGGGUUUCGACAAGCUCCAGGCGUCGUCAGCAGAGGGCACGCUGUCUGAUAUUGAGAUCGAAGGGAUUUUCAAUCGC